AUGCCAUGGAAAAUUUUUAAACUUCCGAAAGGAAUCACGGACAAUAUUGAUCGAACAGCGGCACAUUUUGUGUGGCAGGGUGAUGUAGAAGGACAUAAGCUCCACUGGAAAACAUGGCGUUCCAUUUGCCUAUCCAAAUUUCAUGGAGGAUUGGGAAUGCGUGCUGCUGCACACAUGAACCAUGCCUUAUUAGCUCGGAUUUCCUUCAUGUCCAAGCCCGGAAGUCAGCCACAUGGGGUUGGAGAGGCAUACUUUGGGGCAGGGACUUACUUUCUACAGGGCUCAAAUGGCAACUGUCAAAUGAUCAUCAUGUUCCACGCACGGCAAACUGGAUCCCAGGCUCGCAUAAUCCUCUGGCUUUUGACCCUGAUAUACAGAAUACUGAUUUACAGGUUGAUCAUCUCCUUCACCCGUCUGAGGGAUGGAUUGAUGGAAUCUUUCAAGGUUGGAAAAUCUAUUUCCUCCACACCUUAUUCCCCGCAUAAUGAGCAUUUAUAUUCCAAUAGACCAGGAGAGGUACUCGGAUCACUUAUAUUGGUGAAGUGUCUCAUGGUCGAUACUCGGUCCGCUCGGGUUACCAUCAAGCGUGUAAUCUUACAAUACAUCUCUCAAAGGUGUGGGGCUGCUGUUGAGACUAUUAGCCAUCUCUUGCUUGACUGUAUUCGGUCCCAACAUAUCUGGGGAGCUUCCCCACUCGGCUUUGAUUUCUCUUCUGCAAAACCAAUGCCCUUUGCACAUUGGUUCGUUCAAUGGAUGACUGAAGCCCCCUGA